GGGCGGGGUUUCCGGCGCCGGGCCCGGGAGGCGGGGCCUGCGAACGAUGCCGGGCCUGGGCUCUGGUACUGAGCGAGUCUGCGCAUAGCCGCUGCCGCCGGGCCCUGACAAGCGGACGCGAUGGCCGGUCCCGCGUGGAUCCCGAAGGUAUCUCGGCUGCUGCUGGGGGCAUUCAACAACCCAAAACAGGUGACCCGAGGUUUUGCUGGUGGUGUACAGACAGUGACCUUAAUCCCAGGAGAUGGUAUUGGACCAGAAAUCUCAGCUUCUGUUAUGAAGAUUUUUGAUGCUGCCAAAGCACCUAUUCAGUGGGAAGAGAGAAAUGUCUCUGCCAUCAAAGGACCUGGAGGAAAGUGGAUGAUCCCUCCCGAAGCCAAAGAAUCCAUGGACAAAAACAAGAUGGGACUGAAAGGCCCCUUAAAGACACCAAUAGCGGCUGGACAUCCUUCUAUGAAUCUCCUGCUUCGGAAAACUUUUGACCUUUAUGCAAAUGUGCGUCCCUGUGUCUCCAUUGAAGGCUACAAAACCCCUUACACGGAUGUAAAUAUUGUCACAAUUCGGGAGAACACCGAAGGCGAAUACAGUGGGAUUGAGCAUGUGAUCGUUGAUGGUGUUGUGCAGAGUAUCAAACUCAUCACUGAAGAGGCGAGCAAACGUAUUGCCGAGUUUGCCUUUGAGUAUGCCAGAAACAAUCACCGGAGCAACGUGACUGCUGUGCACAAAGCAAAUAUCAUGCGAAUGUCAGAUGGGCUUUUUCUCCAAAAGUGCAGGGAAGUUGCAGAAAACUGUAAAGAUAUUAAAUUUAAUGAGAUGUACCUUGAUACAGUAUGUUUGAAUAUGGUACAAGAUCCCUCCCAGUUUGAUGUUCUGGUGAUGCCAAAUUUGUAUGGGGACAUCCUUAGUGAUUUAUGUGCUGGCCUGAUAGGGGGUCUUGGUGUCACCCCGAGUGGAAACAUUGGCGCUAAUGGAAUUGCAAUCUUUGAAUCGGUUCACGGAACAGCUCCGGACAUUGCCGGGAAGGACAUGGCCAACCCCACUGCCCUGCUUCUGAGCGCCGUGAUGAUGCUCCGGCACAUGGGGAUGCACGACCACGCGGCAAAGAUCGAGAGCGCCUGCUUUGCCACAAUUAAAGACGGGAAGAGCUUGACAAAAGAUUUGGGAGGAAACGCCAAGUGCUCGGACUUCACGGAUGAGAUCUGCCGCCGAGUCAAAGACCUAGAUUAAGAGAAGGCUUCUCCCAUUAGGCAUUCUGCAGCAGUCACUCCUAAUGGACACAGUAGAAAAACCUAUUCUAGACUCUACCAUUCGUAUACGUUGGGGUUGCAUAUUUCUUGACAGAGCAAACAUUCUAAAUUGGGCCUCUUCUUAAUACAUUCUGUGCCCAGGGACGCAAGUGACCCUCUGGUGCCUGCUUCCAAUGGACUUUUUUCGAAUGCAUUGUUUUAUUUAUUAAAUGUCUCUUAUCCGGUGAAAAUGUUUUAUAUAUUGUAAGGAUGGAUUCCUGUCCUGUCAUUUUCCAUUGUUAACCAUUUUACACUUAAGUUAAAAGUUUUUUUCCUCAACUGAAAGACUUGCUGUAAAUAUUAGAAUACUGAAUUAACAGGAGAAACAGCUAACUUUUUAAAGAAAACCCCUAUUUUCCUGUAAGCAUGUAAAGUAAAAUGGAAACAAAACAGGAUACUAACAUAGCACAAGAUGACAUUCUUAGAAAAAUAAACGGGUAUAAGAGGAAGUUCCUGGGAGAAUCGCAUCAAAGAGGGUACAGAUGAUACGUUUUAAAAUUGUGUAGUGGGCUAAGAAAUAAAGAGAUUUGCUCUUCAAAAGAUUUAUUGUAUGCAUGAAUAAAGAUUGCCAACCCGAGA